CAGGUCAACAAAGCACUGCGAGAUUUAGCAGAUGGUGCAAACCCGGAGAAAGACGAUAUAGAACAUCUUGAAAAAUCUAUGUGCGAGUUCACAGCAGCCUUGAUAGAUCCUCUUAAAGCCGACGCCGAUACCAGAAAUACAUUUCAAAGUUGUUUUGAUGAUGUGGUGGACAAGGCAAUUGACACGAAGCAGAAGAAGGUACUACACGAGUGAUAAAAAGGUUUCCAAUCAAUACUUUAUUAAGACGAUUCUAGUGGGAAUGCUGUCGCCCAUCUGAACACACAGGUGCCCUUACCUUUACGUGCUAUAUACGUAAGGAAAGAAGAGAGACAGCAAUGUCCCCACCAAUAACCACCGGUAAGGAGGCUUUGUGUGAUAUUGCAAAGGGGAAUAUAUAUUUUUAAGAUUUAUGCACACAAUAUUACGGUAUACUUAGUGCCAAUUCAAUGUACAAGACAUCAUUUUUAUGUCUUUCCAUUUUUUUUUACAAAGAAGCAAGUUAAAGUUAUAUUCUGGUGAAUUUACUGAAUGAUGUAACGCCAAACUGAAUGAUUUAAAGACACUGAACAUAACCACAGCUGGGUGCCAUAGCCGAUCCGGCCAGAAAUUAGUUUUCGGCUUAAAUUGUAUUAGUAAUUUCUAAGAAAUUUUUAACACCCUUGCUUUAGCAGUUCUAUUCUGUUGUAGAUCACAGUCGUGAAGUUAAAAUGUGGCAAGAGCAAAGAGGUGGCACAUGACGCGCGGCCGGGUGUAUCACUGAUAUGUCGCGAAAAUUGCUUUGAAUUAAAUGAAGCCAAACUUUGUUAAUGGUGACGUCCCCUAUGAGGCUCUCCUCUGAUAAGUAAUAAGCAAAAACUAGUCCAAAUUCAGCUCAUUGCGUAAAAUAAUGUAUCGACGAUUUUUUUCGCAGUUCAUCUCUCACCCAGUGGUGUAUAACUUGCUCAACUCCAGAUGGUACCAAUCCUAUUUUCACGUAAGAAAAGAAUCAUGGCGGACACCUCAACGCUGGCGAUACUUUUUUCUCAACCUCUGGACAGUGUUUGACAUCGUAUUUUUCCCCUUUCUCUUUGUUAUUUUCUUCGUCGUGCAUUUAAUAAAACAGGCCUUGAGGAGAAAAAGAGGUUUGUAAUUUAGCAUUACAUGGUAAUGCGUCUUUAGCAAGCUCUUAGGUAUUCAAGAGGUUUGAGCCUGGAGGAGGAGAGGGGGAGGCGCGGAGGGUGAUGGUUUUUUGUAUUUUAUUCCUAACUCCAUAAAUCUAGGUUACCAUGCAAGCUGAGUCCUCUCAACUUAAACAAUACAGGAGUCCUGGCUAAAACUAUGCGUGAGGUGCGGGUCACAUGUUUCUUCCCCGACGCGUGAAACGCGCUUCGUGCUUGCCUCGUGCUUGCCACCAUUCGCCUGAAAAAGACCAAAAAAAACGCCUGUUCUACAGGCUACAUCGUUCAAGGAGUGUUUACAGGCCUGGUAUUUGUUCCCACCUGAUCAUAACAGUCUUAAGAGUGGUUGAGAUCGUUCUAAACAAGUCUUGAGAUAAGAUACGAGCAGCUACUGGAGAGUUGUUGUGGUGCAUGGUAUCAGUUGUUACAACUUUCCUUUAUUGAUCAGUGGUUUAUUCGUUUAGCUUAUGAUGCUUUCCUUGAUAAUUUUUCAGAAACUGAAAUAUGUUUUGUUUUGACACUGGGCAAAGAUAGCUCAAAAGAAGAAUUUGAUCUGAUUAAAAGGACAAUAAACUACAUUGUCCGUGAAUAUGGCUGCCACUUUGCCAAAUACUGUGUUGUUUUACAUGAAGACCACAAAAUGAUCGGUAACAUCAACUUUAAAGAGAGGUGCUCUACUGAGGCUGAACUUCGAGCGAGGAUUGACGCGUUACAGCUGCCAAGCUCUACCAGUUCACUCUGUGAAGAUCUUAUGGCCACCCGAAGUGCAUUCACAAACCAAACGCAUAGGAAGGAGGCCAGAAAGGUGAGGUAUACGUGCGCGCAACCGUUUUCUGAAGCGCUGCCGAGUUUUGUCACUUAACUAGUUCCCAUGGGCUCAUUUUGCAGUCAUGAGCUGGCUAUCAGGCCUUGGUAAGUUAUACUUACCAAUUCGUAUUCAGUAUUGAUUGAUUUUGACGACCGCACGCUACAGUUGAUUUAUGUUUAAAACAUAAACACAAAUCAUGUUUUACGGUUAGUGUCAUGGCUCAUAGGCCGGCCUCUUGCAUUUGCCCUCUUGCCGGAGAACUCAGGCUUUCCCUUCUUGCUUCAAGCUUUUAAACUCGCUGUCACGAAUAAUCGAGCGUCUAUGCUCUUUCUCUAUUAGAUAUCAGCAUGAGAAAACAUGUCCCACUAUUUUCCCUUGAUAUAGGUAAAAAGCAAUAACCAUUUCACGAUUGCUAUCAGCUCGUGAUCUUCCCGCCUUUCUUAAAAACUAUUGCGUAAAACUUCUCGGGAAUUUUGUUCAGGACCUCCGGUACGUCCCUUUUAAAUAAUUUGCUUUUUAAGUCCCAAAAGUUUCAGACUUUUAGCCGGAUGUUUGUGCUUUUUGGGGUAUCUUUUCUCUUAGUAUUCUCCCGUAAACUCUGAACCAAAACGUGGUUACUCUCCCCUGACUUGUCCGCGGUUUUGUUCUGCUGUGCUUUCGCGACUCUCUUGUCAAUCGAUUUAAUUUCAACUUUCUGCAAUCCAUUUCACUUUUUGCAUUCAGUUUCAACUCUCUACACAGUUUGGGAUUAACUGACGCCUUCUCAGCCAAUCAGCAUGCUGAAAUUUUUUGCAUACAUAUUAAUGAUUUAGUUCUUUAUCUUAUCUGGCAUUUCAUGUACAUAACAGCUACAGUUAUCAGUUGUGUGAACAGAUUAAUUAAACGGCGAGAUAAACAAAAAUAUUAUAACUCAUGCAAUAGAUCCAUUAAGAUACUCACAAGCACAUCAAUAAUAUUUUUGCGAAUCCAAUCCUUGUUGCUGAAAGUGUAUAUUUUUUUUUAUUGAAAAAUUCAAGCAGCUCUUUUAUUAGAAGGCCAUUGUUGUUCAAGAUUGAUAAGUUUGGGCUCAUAUUUGAUAAGACUUGUAAAUUUGUUUUUGAGAAUCAAAUGGAAUAAAUAUCACCUUAUUUUUAAUUUUAUGUUUAUAUUAGGCGGUCGUUCUCUUUCUUAAUGACUCGUUACGCAUGGUUAAUGCUAACAUUGAGAGACUACCGCCCCUAAAGGAGAUAAAGGAUAUGCAAGUUAACAUCUUUCCCGUCGGUAUCGGGGAGUAUGCCAAAUUAUCAGAGUUAAAUAAGAUGGCAACUAAAGAUGGCACAGCACGUCACUUUGGAGAAUACGAGUCACACGAGACGUUGGGGACAGCUGUCAUACAAGGUAACAUGGGGAGGUUUAAAAUUUCGGUAUAAAAAAAACCCUCCUUACAAUGAUUAUUCUCCUAUUUGGUUUGGGAAAAAAUAAGAAAGCAUUGCAUGCAGUUGUUACGAUUUGAAUUGAGGAAGGUUUUUAACGGUGCUAUAUUUUUAAAAGCUUUUACUUUUCUCCCCACUUCUCGGAAGUGUGACUGGCUUUAUAAUUGAUAUGUUUUACUUUCUUACAGGUAUCGAGGGAAAGAACAUCUAUGGUGAGGACGAGCUAUUUUUGGUAGCUAGAUUUCCAGACCGUUAAACUUUUUUUUUUCUAAUAAUUUUCGCUAGACCGCCAGUGCUUCCAGAGUUUUCUUUUGAUGGUCUCCAUUCUAAGCUAGCGUCUCAAUCAUUGUCCUACCGAGUAUAACUAUGAUUAUUAUGAUGCCUUCCAGAGAAAUACAAGGAUUACUUUACGACUCCUUAUUUCGUCUUUUUCCGCGACACGCUGAGCUAUCUCAUCCUCCUCGUUCUGCACUUCGCCAUUUGCCUGUCCCCUUCAGCUAUUGCGUUCAGUCGACUAGAAUGGGCCAUUUCAGUUUUCUUCCUGGGACGCGUUUUGAUGGAGGUGGAUCAGUUUAUUAGUACUGAAAAGGCUGGUAUGAAAGAACGUAUGCUGUGGAGGAGGAAAAGGGAUGGCUCCAGCUACCAAGUAUGUUCACAUGAGGGUCAACAAGAGACAAAUGAGGCAGAAGAAGACAAUAUCUUGCUAAAGAACCUUAGUAAUUAUUUUAGGUAUUUCAACUUUUUAUUGUCUGUUUGUUAGUGACAAUAGUAGAUUCUCAUUCAUGUUGGGGGCAUGAUCAGCUAGGAAGGAUGGGGAAAAAGAGUUAACAGCUUGAAGAAGGUAACAAAAUGAGUCACUGUUCUCUGCCUGGUACACUGGUAAUUUUUUUAGAGCUGUAUCAUUAGUCAUGAGGUGACAUUGUUCACUGCCUGGGUUCAUUGACAGCAACCGGUGUUUAUUGUUUUAGUACACCGUUAAUUAGCUCGUACCCUUUGUAACAAAAAAUAGUGGUACAUGUAACUGAUUAUCUUGCUUUAUAAUUAUGCAAGGUCUAGCUGUUCACGGAUUACAUCAAAUAAAUGGUCUUCUAGUACUGAUAUCUACUACUUUUUUAGUGACCGUUGGAAUGUGCUUGACUUCAUCAUUCUUGUUUUCUACCUGAUUACCUUCAUACUACGCAUAAUUACAUGGAGGAACUCCACGGACGUGUCAGAAAACUCACUCUUGGCUGUCUCAGAGUAUUUCUAUGGAUUUAUCGCCAUGUUUCUCACACUGAGAGCCUUUGGUCAAGUCAUAGAGCGCGUGCGGGGAAUGGGUGCAAUACAAAUCGCUUUGUUCUUUGUUAUCUGGGAUGUAAUGGCGAUAUUUUGGCAGUUUUUGGCCAUGAUUCUGGCAUUUUCUCUGGCUAUGACCAAGAUAUAUGUUGCUGAGAAGGCCUAUACCUUAGGAAAAGAUUCCGCGAAGGAUUUGUGAGUACAUAGUACGAUCUUUCUAAAGUAUCGAAACCGUGAGUGACAGAUUCUAACUUGCUGGGCUCAUUCAUUUGUUACUCUUUUUAGUAGUGGGGUGGAAGAGUUUUCCUUUUACAUUAUGGAGGGGGACCUCAUGUAUGUCUAGGCACCCAAUGUAGGAAACAGUGGGCUAAAAGCUAAUCAAGUGAGAUUUAGCUUUUUGGAUGGGAAGCCUGACAGGAGGGUAAAACUACUCAGAUCAGAAUGUCAAACGUUGCAUGAAAGGCCGAUUUUUUACAGUCUUUAUGAAUACUCACGCAGGCCUCAAUAAAUAACUCACUUCGUCGCGCCACUAAUACAAAAGGUUUGAAAUCAAAUUAUGAUAGCCUGAUGCCCAUUAAUCAUUGCUGGGUCAGUCGUAGUCAUAAAUUGUGGAGUCAGUGACUUGCUAUACACCGUGAAUUUUUGUGCUACGGGAGGUAUAAGUUCAGGAAUGUUAGUUAACAAUUCCUCUGGAAAAACACAACUGUUUAAAAUAAAAUUCGGAGGGGGGGGGAGUGGUUAUGUAACUUUGACAAUUUCUGUUGGUUAAACCGUAAACCAUGACAACAGUUUCUUUAACCAUUCAUUUUCUCCUAUCAUUUUUAGGGCAUGCAGUGAUUCCGGGCUAAUUUGGUAAGAAUAAAAUUAUAGCUUUUUUCUACUCUAAUUUUAACUUUGUACUCUGAUGUCUAAAAUAUACCUGGUUACACGAAAUUUUUGCUAACCUUGAAUUCGCGCUUUCAAUAUGCCGCGAUUAUUUAAAAAGUUUCAAGCGUGAAAUUCUAUACCUGAGGGGUCGGAAAGGUUAAUUAAGGUCUCCCGAGAGGAAAAGAAGUGAGAAAAAAUCAUUCUGAUGUGUUGAAAUAAGUACUGAUGUUCAACACUGAGCUUUAUCAGCUUCAUCAUGAAAAUUUGCAGGAAAGACACUCUUUCCUUUCAGGGCAGCAGAUUUACUAGAACAAGAAGCAGAGCUGCGAGUGAAGAAACCCUCUUUGCCCCCCAUCCCUCUCGCGGCUUCGCGUCCGAUUAAUUAACGAUACUUCGCCUCUUAAACCUGCAAAAAGGCCGACGCAGCUAUUAGUUUACCUUCUUAAGAGGUACAUUACGGUUUCACCUUCUGGAAAAAUCCAGACUUCAUCGUUGCUAUUUCUUUUUACCAGUGGUAUCCCUCAGGUUUAAGGUUAUCUUGUGAUAUUUUGGAUGCCAACCCUUAAAGGUGUUGGUGUUUGACUUGAUGGAGCUGACCAGGAAUCUUGAAAGCAAAUUUUGAAAUCGAUCACCCAUGUAGGAGUAGUGACACGAUGGCCUCCAGGACACAGACGUUUGAAAACAUUUAUGGCGGUCAUAACAAUCUCAAUUUCAAAAAUUGAAUGGUUUUCGAUCUAACUCGUUGCUUAUGUUCUUCAGUUGGUGGAACAUGGCGACACACCUUGGUUGGUCUUUAUUGGGUUUAGCUGACCUGGAUAGGUUGAACUCCGUCGACGAUUCAUCCGUUUCUCUUAUUCAUGUGCUGUACAGCUUCUUCUUAAUCAUGGCAGUUAUUCUUCUCGUGAACAUGAUGAUUGCGUUGCUCUCAAACACCUAUCAGCAGGUUCAGGUACUUAACAGUCUCUCUGCCUUCGCUGAUGUAUAUUAAUUCUGUUCAUAAUCCAGAGGUAAGAAAAUAUGAGAAGUUCUCGACUGUAAACUCGGUAGGAAGUUUUUGGCGUAAGAUACAAAAUACAUUUUUCGCAAAGUUCAAAAGAUUCUAUGAUCAUUUAUAAAUGUACUUUUAGCCGACUGACGCUUUAGACGAAAAUGAUGGCGAAUAUUGUCCCUCUGGUAUGAUAUGCCAAAAUAUUCUUCAGCUAUAGGAGUGUCGCCUCUUGUUUUUAUUAACUGGUACUUCCUUAGAAGCUGUUAAGUCCCUCGCAUUCCUCUAUUAUCAGGAUAAUUCACUGCAGGAGUGGUCUUUCAAGAGAGCCAUUACUGUAAGAACUUACAGCACCUAUCAUCCGAUACCAGUGCCCUUCAACCUUUUGUCUGUCCCCCUGAUAGUACUCUGGCACCUAUGUUGGCGCGACACUCCUGCUUCGCUCAAGGGCGGACGGGUAAGCUGCGGCCUUGCCAAUUAGUUUUGUGAGUUUUAACAAGCUGCUGUUGUUUAAAGUUAUCGUUCACGUAUGCUCAGUGAUUUUACUUCACUUUCGAUGUGGCCUUCUUUGAUUCGACAGAGAGUAGCUCUGAAUAAAGUGGUGAAGAAACUAGAAAGGAUGUACUUCGAGAAAUACGGUUAUGAAUUUCCCCUCACAGGUGGGUGAUAUGCUAGAUUAGUAGAUAGCCCCAGAAAUCUAUGAUAUGAUCAUAAAAAAGAAUAUGGCGGAAAGAGAUGUUUUUCUGCUAAACCUUGCUUUGCUAUGAUCAAAGUAAUAGUUCUAAAGAAGUUUAUACCAUGACAGACAAGAAAUAAAAAAUCACAAAUUAAGAAUUCCAGUAAUGAUAAUCUAUUUGUAACGAGGGGUAUCGUAAUGAUUUUGCGGACUAGAUUCAGAAGAGGCCAAUUUAAUAUUUGGUUCCUCGCUUUGUUUUAGAGGGGAAAAAGAUAGAUCACUUGGUGCAAGAAAAUGAGGGAGGACGAAAAUUGGCCAAUCAGAUAGUUCGGCAAGUAUUCCGACCGCGUGGAAAUAAGGAGGAAAAACUUGCGUCUGGCCACAGAGUGAGUGUUUUUCAGGCCCACAUUCUUAUGUUAAUUAAACAGGAAGUUUCCCUACCAUAUACUAUGGAUCCUGCUCCAUCAGAAGACACCUUUUUAAUCUUUUUAAUUUGCAUUUUAACCUUUUCCCUCCAACAAAAAUUUAAAUGUUCGAUUGAGAAAAUCUUUCAAGAAACGUUGUGCUGUAGUUUCCAUGUUCCCUUGAAAAAAAACCGAACUUGUUUUGUAGUGACAUAGAAAAGCUAAUCUCAAAUGCUGCUCCAGGAAGUACAAAAAAAGUCAACAAAAUUCGCUCUCAAUGCGCGAUACGAAAAGUAAUGGGAGGGUUAUAGCUUGAAUAAAACCCCUUCUAGCUUGCUGGUAUGUCGGCUGACAAUGUCCCUGGUUGAGAGAUUGUCUUUAAGUUUUCUCCUUGAAGCUUUGGUUCUUGGCCAAAUAUUCAUUUUUGGACAAUGUCUCAGCCGCAGACAUUUUCAGGUGACAUACCAGCCGCCUGAAGGGGUCCAUCGUGUUACUGAAGUUUUGUUUGUUUGUCAUUUAAAGGCGUGGUAUGAUUCUCCGGGAAUUGCUGUCGAUGGCUGUCUCCUAACUUACGUGGGACCAGAUGUCUGCGACAUAUGCAAAAGUGGAAAUCGUAAGAAUAUUCACAGUGCCAAGUUCAAGUCUCCCUUUGCACCAGAGACACCAAGAUUUGAGGUGUGCUUUUGAUUUAUAGAAAAUUAUUUGCGAGCAAAAAAUUAAAUUCAUAUACUUCCUGCUUCAUGAUAGAUUCUCUGAAGAUGCAACAUAAUUACAUCGCCUUUUUACCCUCUUCCCUUAAAUAACCUCCCUCUUGUAGGCGCUGGUAUUCUUUUCUAUUUUGUAGCUCUACAGAUACUAAUUUUUCUAAGAAUGAACUUAACGGUGCCUCCAUAAUAGAAAGACCAGACCGGUUCCUGAAAAACAUCUUUAUGUUCCUCUUGUGGUAUCCUAUUUUCACCUUUGCUUUCAUGGUAACGUGUCAACAUGGAUCUCGUUUGGGCACCUAACCCUGUAACACCUAAGAGCGACUAUGAUGCCAAUGUCUCUGCACUUUAUUAUCCCUGAGUCGAACAUUAGGGUCACUUGGAUAAAGUAAAUGAUCACCAACCGAAAAAGCUCUUCAUUGUUUAAAUAAUUCUUCCUUGUCAGCACAAUUGUAUAGAGAACAGCAUGGAGAAUAUUCAUAAUGAUGUUAGGGUAUGAAAGGUUAAAUUUAUCUCCUUUAUAUCCUUAGAUUAGUGUGUUGCUUUGUAAUCAUCAUCAUUAUUGCAGUUGUUAUUAUGGCUGCUUUUGUUGUUUAUAUGAUCAUUAUUUCGGAUGUUGAUUGUUUAUAUUAUGGCUAACAUCGUCUUUAUCAUCGUCAUUAUUUUGCUUUGGUCUAAGAAACUAGUAUUCCCUCGGUCUCAUGAGCAAAAAAACUCAUUUGCAUACUGAAACAAAAAUUAAAAGCAUGGGACUUAUGGCAACCGUAACAACAAAGUCUAAAAAAGAAAAUACCGUCAUUGUUUUGCAGGUACUUAUUCAGGAGACUGGGGAGAGGCGUAUUGUGGCACUGGGUGCUGUGCAUGAGUCGUACGACUGUCACAAAAUGCCUGGCUGGUAUAGUGGAACAGUCGGUUACCAUAUAGACGAUGGCAAAAUAUUUGAAACUGGCUUCCAUGAGCUGGGAAGAGAAGUCGAAGGUAUGGGUUACUCUGACGAUAGGUGUACGAUAUCUGCCACAAGGAUCUGUUGGCGCUUGGAAACAUAAUCAAAGUCUUACCGUCCUUCUGAGGGCGACCUUACGACAGUAGGUUUCUGUUUUCCAAAAGAAAAAGAUUCAGAAAUUUUCGUUUGUGAACGUUAUAGGGAUCACUUUAAAAUCGUUAUAGACUCCUCGAGAUGAUUAUUCUGACGUGCAUGAGAUAAAUGGGAAAUGUAUUGUAGCUGUGUGAUCAAUAGAAUGUUGAACGUAGUUACUGUAAAAUCCAUGUGCCUAGAGUGUGAAACUGAAAAAACCCUGAAUCCCUCGAUCGUGGAGGGUUCCAACCCUCGCCUUUUGCUUGCCGAUCAAAUGGUCUACAGAGAACUCAUUUAAGGCCAAAGAAAAACAAGAUUCAUAUCAACAAAUGCUUGACGCUACUAGGAUCAUUUAUAUCGUCAACACUCCUUGUAUAAAUACAGUGAGGGAGAUUAAACUUUGUCUUCGAAUGAACGAAGAGGUAAGUAAUUGAUCAAGACCGAACAACAAGGAAAAAAAGUCCAAUUUCACAUCCUGGUGUUACACGGUUGGUUGCCUCAUGUUUAGCUUAUUUUGUUAUCUUUUUGCUAUUUACUUAAUGUUUUCUGUUGAUAACUUAGGAGCCAUGGCUUACCGCGGUGAUCUCAUCGCUUGUGAAGUUGUUUUUAGUAGAGUCCCCGAGGGGAAAGUCUCUGUGUUGUUCUCCUUGAACGGUAGAGAAGUAGCGCGUUCUUCAGUGGAGUAUACUGAGGGAAAUAAACUAUUUCCCUUCGUUUCAUUGGGAUUUGAAGGCAUUACAGUGCUCACCAAGGUAUGUUCGAAAGAGGGAGGGGGGAGCGGGGAGGGUAAUGGGCUAGAAAUUGAAUCUAUAAAUGGUUUGGUUUCAUCAGUAAUCUGCCAACAUAUCAUACCUCGGCACCCUCCUCCAGCUACAAUUAAUCGAGGGGUUGUUCCUGUGACCAAAUUGAAAGCAUGUGGAGAGGGAGCUCUCUCUACGGCAGCUGUCAGGCUCUAGAAUCAAAGGAAGAACUUUGUCGUAUCCAGUGUUAAAAAUACCACAAAACGUUUUGCUCAAGUCUAUGUGAUUUUAAUAUUUGCGAACAUUUACAACUUUCUACCAAAAUUCAGUGCCCUGAUUGCUCUUAAUUAAGGUACGAACAAGGAAAUAGCGUGUCGAUCUAAUUUUUAAAAUUCUAUAUCAGGCAUAUCUGUAUUCCAUAAUUGUGGACAUUAGAGUUUAUACUUCACACCUGUGAUCAUGGCUGCCCUAAAUUUUCGUACUUUUCUUUUUCAAAGUUGAGACGUUUGAUUUCCACACGUUUUAGAUGUGCCAUCGUGACAGAGACCGUUUUAGUAGAGUAACAAACGAAGACAUUCAGGAGGAAAUUGGAGAUCUGCGACGUGAUUUUCAGAAUCAACUUACCGAGCAAAGGAGGAUGUUGUCAGAAAUGAGAAAUUUAGUACUGCGUUUGAAGGAAGUAAAGGAUAAAGAUGAACAAGAAGAAGAUACUAAGAAACUGGCGGUUGACUUAAGUUAA